CAUCCGUAGGAAAUUGUGGGAAAGGAAAAGAUCCAGAACCCAAAGUACCAGCAAAAGGAAAAGACCCAGAGGCUGCCAAGGUACCGGCAAAAGCGAAAGAUCCAGGGCCUGCCAAAGGACCGGCAAAAGGAAAAACCCCUACUCCACCCUGA